AUGACAGAGCUCAUAAACAAUGUGUGAGGGCAGACAAACCCUGCAGACCAACUCUGCUUACACAGAAACAAGCCAGGCCUGUACCCUGCUGAGUGUCUGCACAGGGAAAAUGUAUGUGGAUGAUUUUAAGGUUUACAUGUGAACAUAUCAGGAAUCUGUACUCUGAAGAUACAAACUAGACUAACGUUGUUGUGCUUUUGUUCUUCAGAUAGAGAACCAUUUAAGAAAAUCAAUAUUAACCUGUUGAUCUAAGAUGUCGUAUGUAAAUCAGUCUCAGACUCUCAACGUUACUUCUGAGCAGAAGUAUCAGGGAUUACUGGAAAAAGUGUUGUUGUCCACGCUGAUUGCAAUGCCAUGCUGUGUGUUUCUCUUCAUUAAUGGGACCAUGUUAUUCACCUUGAGGAGUAAAUCUGUGUUUAGGGGGACCUCUCGUUACAUUCUGCUGUAUAACCUCCUUUUUUCAGACACUGUAUUACUGGCACUGAGUCAGUUUCUGUACACACUGGCUGCCUCUAAAAUAAUGUUGUCAUAUCCUGUGUGUGGUGUUUUUACUAUGUUAUCCAUUCUCACAGAUGAAAUCUCUCCUCUCACACUGGUGGUGAUGUCUCUGGAGAGAUAUGUAGCUGUGUGCUACCCACUGAGGCACGCUACCAUCAUCACCAUCAGAAACACAGGGGUGGCUAUCAUUGUGGUUUGGGCCUUCAGUGUACUGAAUGUCUUUAUUCGAGUUGUUUUGCUGUUAGAUUUUCCAUUUUCAGACCUGGAGAGUCUGCAGAUGACAGAUGUUUGCUCUGACAUAGAUAUGAUUCUCAGCCCAAUGUCUGAUAUUUAUGACAAAGCAUACACUGGUUUUGUGUUUCUAUCAGCUGGUGUUGCAGUUAUUUCUUCCUAUAUUGGUGUGAUGAUAGCAGCCAGGUCAGCCUCCACAGACAAAGCUUCAGCCAGUAAGGCUCGUAACACACUGCUGCUGCAUCUGGUGCAGCUGGGUCUCACUCUCUUAUCAACUCUGCACACCUCUAUUGUUAUAUCACUCUCAAAAACCCUACACAGAGUAAUAAUUGGACGCAUCAAGAGUUUUUUCUAUGUGUUUAUAUAUAUCUUCCCCAGAUGUCUGAGUUCGCUCAUCUAUGGGCUCCGAGAUCAGACCAUCAGACCCGUACUCAUGUACCAUCUCUGCUGUCGACUGAAACUCAGUCGUCCCGGUAAAGGCUGAGGUCUCACCCCAAAAUAUACCGAAUGAUUCAAAACUUAUAUAUAAAACACUUGGUUCGUACUGCAACAGGACUAUAUUUGUUCCCUUAAUUAUUUAUGAUGAGUUCAUACUAAACCUCAACUUCAUGUCCUUUAUUGUUUGCAAAGAGCAAACGGAAUAUAAUGUUUGUAUUUGUCUCUGGCCACUUCCACUACCGUAUUCAAACACAUUUAAGCCCAGCCGUAUAAAAUCUGUUCAGCACCUGGUAGAUAGCUUAGGAUGUAACAAACAACACAAAUUAUUUUGGAAUUUAAGACCUGAAGAUCCGGCAGAUGAAGUGCCUGUUUCAGUUGCUUUUACUGGCUUUACUGUCUGUUUUAAUGUGUGUUUCUCUCUUCAUGCUGUUAUUUAUGUACCUGUGAUUAACUUUUUAUUCUACUGUUUUUAACUUAGCUCGUUAUCCAAGCUCUGCUGAAAAGCAAAUAAUCAAUAAAGUACAAAAUAAAUCAUCA